AUGUUUCCUGAACCCCGGAGAACACCUAUAAAAAUGGACAUGGGAAUAAACUUGAAGGUUACUUCUUCUCCAGAGCAAGUUGUGUUAGAGAACAUCACAGGAGGCACAGCCCUGACCAUUAAGAGGCAGAAUAACGGCACAAGAAUAUCUACUUGCCACUCAUAUGGUGUUUAUGGAAUAGUUACCAUCUCCAAAUCUUCUUAUCUUAUCCUAGUUGUAGAUGCUAUUAUGAGAGGGAUGAUGUAUGAUCAUGUUGUAUAUGAGAUCAAAGAUGUGGAGAUCAUUCAACUAAAAAGAGAGAGAAUGGAGAGCUUUAAGAAUGAAAUGAAGGCAGUGAGAAGGUUCCUUGGAAAUAGCGGGGUGUACUUCAGCACAUAUCCCCUUCACAAAACCUUAGCCGUAAAGAAGGAUGACGAUACAGAUUUUCUCUUCAAUGCAUUACCACUUGAGAAAUUCCUAAAGUAUACUGGAGAUCAAGGCUCCUUAUUUUCUGUGAGCUGCAUACAAGGAUUUUUUGGAUCUGUGGAUGUUGGAUCAAUAUGUCUAAGGCUAAUCUCAAGAAGGUCCUGGAGAAGGGUCGGGGCCAGAUACUUCUGUCGAGGUUCGAACGCAAUAGGAUAUGUCUCAAACUAUGUAGAGACAGAACAGAUUGUCUACGAGGGCGAGAAGACAACAUCAUUCCUCCAGGUACGAGGGUCUAUUCCUUUGAUAUGGGAGCACGUGCUUGGAAGGGAAUACAACCCGAGGAUAAUUAUCAGCAAUAAAAAGGUACUUCAUAUAGCAGACAAGGUGAUGAGAGAUAAGUACGGGGAUGUCUUGUACUUGAAUCUCAUAAGAAACACCGGAUACGAGGGGAUGCUACACUGUGAAUAUGAAAAGGAGCUUCUUGGAAAUAAUAAGAAAGGCGUACACUUCAACUUCUUUGAAGAGGGAGGCAUUGCUGAAGAAAGCACUCGGGAAAAGUUCUUAAAGUUGAUAGAGGAGGACCUUUCCUUGUUUGGAUAUUAUAUCUUUGGAAAGCCUCAGAAUGGAGUCAUCCGUACGAACUGCAUUGAUUGCUUAGACAGAACAAACAUUUCUCAGUUUGUCAUUGGAGAGCUCAUGCUUGAAAAGCAGAUCUCCCAUUUCAAUGUUGAGAACAAGGAGCGUUUUUACGAACAGCUGAAGAACUUGUGGUAUAACAAUGGAAAUUCACUCUCGAUGCAGUACUCGGGCUCAUUUGCUUUGAAAAGCCAUUUACUCUCCAGAAGGAAGCAGGGUGUUAUUGAUAGGCUGAGAGAUGGGGCAAUAGGAUUGCAUAGGUACUUUAUAAACAGACUUUGCCAUGGAAGCCUACAGGCUACAUAUGAAAUCCUCACAACUGAUCUUGAAGGAAAGAGCAUAAGUCUUUAUAGAGAUAGCAUUAGUGCCAUAAAGACACUUUUCCUAAUACUGGUGUUAACUAUCUGCACAGCUUCAUGGGCAUUAACCGGGAUUUUUAUUGUAUCGUUCCUUUUGAGUACGCUAGUGAUCUCCAUCAUAACAAUAUCCAUUGUAGCUGUGUUCCUAGACUUCCUUAUCCAGAAGCCAAAGGGUAGAAGAUCCCAAUAA